AUGAAUCCCCACCAGCAGAACAAGAUCGAUAUCAACGCCAUGACCCCGGAGGAGCAGAAACUCUUCCGUCUCUACGGCAAGAUGCCCAACAAGAAAGAUCUGCUCCAGAACAAGCUCAAGGAGCGGAAAUACUUCGACUCGGGUGAUUACGCCCUUAGCAAAGCCGGCAAGGCGUCAGAUGUCGGCGUCACCAGCAUCGGAUCGCGCCACCCGGUGCCCGAGAACAUCCCCCACCUCACCGCGACCUCGUCCGGUUCCAACAACCCCUCCGGCGGCAACGGCAGCAGCGUGAGUUCCCAGGGCCAGCAUAUUCCCGGCAGCAUCAGUGGACACCCGGGCUCGGUCGGGUUCCAGAGCCGCAGCCCCAUCAAAGAGAGCAGUUACCUGCACCGCGGCACCAGCAUGAGCGAAGGCUCCGCUGGCCACGACGAAGACAAGGAUGCCGAGGAGCUCAGCGUCAGCCCUCCUGCUGUCCGAGAGGGCGUUCCCAUCCGUCGAUGA